AUGGCUGGAAGAGGAAGGACCCCACGACGAGGAACCACAAGGAAGCGUCGGUUCAAAGAUUUGGAAUCAAUCACCUCUCCAUCUCCAGAGAAUCCAGUCGCUGAUGAGGGACCUUCUGUGCGGCGGGCUCGAGUGUCACAGAAGGUGCAUUCAAUCAUCAACAUAUCUUCAAGCAUUCAUGACAGCAAGCAAAGAAAGGAUGUUCAAUUUGAUCAAGAGCCACAAAUCAAUGCUGGAGAAGAAACCCCAAAUGGGAAAGGAACUCCAAAUGAUAAGGAUGUGCUGAACACAGUCUCAGAAUUACAAAAAGAUGUUCGAUCAUUAAUGCAAGCAGUGGGAUUUUUAGCUCAAACUUGGUACACCAGCACAUCGAAAGAUCCUGAACUAUCUGAUGAGGAGUUGUUUACGAACAAAUCAAAGUACUCUUUAAGAGCUACUGCAACUGAAGAAAUAAUGCUGAAAUUUGUGCAAUCUACGCCCAAUGACAAAGGAAAACAGAAAUGUGUAGGUGGCUUGGUAAAGAAACUGUUUUCUCCAUCUGAGUUUCAGACUCUAGGCAGUGGAUUCAAAUCUGCAACUCCUCCAUCAAAUCAAAAUGAUAAGACAUCUUUAUCUGGUCCAGCUGCUACAAUAGAUCCCAUUUACAUUCCCGUUUGGUUGAAAAGCAUAUUUGGACCAGCUGUCUUUGAAAACCUUGACUACACUGAUAUUGCAGUGGCUUCUUACAUAUUUAAGAGGUGCAAUGAUGGAAGUGUAGAUAGCAAGGAAUCACUUAUAAUUCCUGUAAUCAACCAUGUUAAUGGAACCCGUGGGGUAUUGCAAACUCUGAUGCCAAAGUGCAAAGUUGAUCAAGAGGUUAUCAACUUGUUUGCCAUAAUGUUGACUCACUCUGAAAGGGAUAUGAACAGAAUUCCUAAGUUUUGGUUCUUACCAACCUACUUUUCCCAAUUCAUUAUGGGCUGGACCACCCACCCUCAAAGCAUGAUCACCAAUCAACAGAGGACCUACAUGGGGAAGAUUGAGAUGUUGUCAAAGGUGUUUGUGCCCGUGAAUGACAACGGUAAGCAUUGGUACCUACUUGUGUUUGACUUUGAAAAUGAAGAAAUUGUAUACUUGGACUCCUUCCCAGAAGAAGAUAGGUUGGAAUAUAGGAUCUUCAACGCCAAGCUGGUGGCAUUAUACAUGGAGAAAAUGUUCAGAGAUCCAUCAUUCUAUGACAUGGAUGAAACAGUGAGGCCUCGUGUUUCUCAGUUUAAGGUUGUCGUGCCCCAAGGAUUGCCAGUGCAGAAAUCUGACUCAAAUGAUUGCGGGGUGUGGGUAGCAUGCUGGAUGAACGAAUUGGGAAAAGAUGGAUACAAUAUUAAGAUUGACAAUAGCACACGCUUGAAGUUUGCAUUGAAGUUGGCUUUACACAAGUACAACGAAAAUCAGGAAAUUCUCAUGCAAAAGGCUUAUGAGUUCUAUGGAAAUAUGGUGAAGGGUACACUGGUCAGGAACAAGUGUCUUCCUUGAGUGAAGGAAUGCUUAUAUGGAACUAUCCAUAUUAUUUACCUUCUUAUUAUUCUGUUUGUAUUAGUCAUGGACCAAUUGUUUGGCCUGUUUGGAGAAUUGUUUUGAUUGGAUGUGUUUUGCAUUUUGGACUGGUGUGUUUUGGCCUGUUUGUGCCCACCUUUUGACCUGUUUUCAGUUUUGUUGUUUUACUCAGUUGUGGACAAGUUAUUUUGGCAUGUUGUGCCCUAUUAAGACUGCUUGCGUUUUUUAAUA